AUGACCGAUACCCAGCUCCACCGACUCCGCGACAACAUCGCGAGUGUGUUCCUCGGCAACGACGACGCGAUCGACCAGCUGCUGAUCUGCCUGCUCGCGCGGGGUCACGCGCUGAUCGAGGACGUGCCUGGGGUCGGCAAGACGGUCCUGGCGACGGCGCUCGCACGAUCCGUCGAUGCGCGGUUCUCCCGCGUGACCUUCACGCCGGACAUGCUCCCGGCGGACGUGCUCGGCGUCUCCAUCCUGAGCACGGAGUCCGACGAGUUCCGGUUCAAGCACGGGCCGAUCUUCGCGAACGUCGUGCUGGCCGACGAGAUCAACCGCGCCGCCCCGCGGACGCAGUCCGCACUCCUCGAAGCCAUGAACGAGGCCACCGUCUCCGUCGACGGCGUCACCCACACGCUCCCCUCGCCCUUCAUGGUCAUCGCGACGCAGAACCCGCACGAAUUCCACGGCACGUACCCGCUCCCGGAGAACCAGCUCGACCGGUUCCUCAUGCUCAUCGAGCUCGGCUACCCCAGCGCGGAGACGGAGUCGCGCGUCCUCGCGACGCGACCCGCGUCCAACGCCCUGGCGGACCUCGACGCGGUCAUCCACGGCGACGACGUCCUCGAGCUCCAGAACCGCACGGACCGCGUCAGCAUCGCCGAGCCCAUCACGGACUACAUCGUCGCUCUCGCGCGCGCCACGCGCGAACACCCGGACAUCCGCCUCGGGCUCUCGCCCCGCGGCUCGCUCGCCCUCGCGGCCGCGGCCCGGGCCAGCGCCGUGCUCGAAAACCGGGAUUUCUGCACUCCGGAGGACGUGAUCGGCCACAUCCAGUCCGUGGUGGCGCACCGCGUGGUGAUGCGCCACUCGACCGAGUCGCACACGGACGCGGCCCUGAAGGCGAUCCUCGACGAGCUGACCCGGAGCGUGCCCUCGCCCGCCUGA